AUGCUUUUUGCCGAUGUGUUCUUUCUCUGUCUUUCAGUUCCAAGGUGUAAAGCUUUGAAGGAAAUAGAUUUAAUUAAAAGUUCUAAGUCAGACUGUUACUGCUACAAUCAAAAUACUCAAAUGAAAUGGGAAUACAUAUGGUCAACUGUACAGGUGCAGAUUACCAGUCCAGGCUUGUUCCGUAUUGAAUAUAUCACAGAAAGACAUAAAUGCCAAUAUCCAGAAACCAUUAUAUCUUUUAUCAAAUGUGUGAUUCAUAACUUUUGGACACCAAAGGAGUCUAAUGAAAUAACCAUAAUUAUCAAUCCAUAUGGAGAGACUGUAUGUUUCUCUGUGAAGCCUGUAGGGAAGAUAUUUAUCUUUACAAUAAAAGUGAAUCAAAACAUCAUGGAUUUCAGUCUCUUCCUUGUGUUUGUGGCGGGCAUUUUCCUCUUCUUUUAUGCAAAGAGCUUGAGUCAAAGCCCUAUUUUCUACUACUUUUCGGGGACUAUGCUAGGUAUUCUGAUGACAUUUGUCUUUGUCCUGCUCUUGGUGAAAAGGUUCAUCCCAAAGUAUAGCACGUUUGGGGCUCUAAUGGUUGGUUGUUGGUUUGCUUCCGUUUACAUUUUAAGCCAAUUGAUGGAUGAUCUGAAGUGGCUGUGGUAUGAAAACAGAAUAUAUUUAUUAGCUUCUCCCCAACAUCUAAAUUUCCAGAAGGGCUUUGAAAAAUUUGCAUAUGCAGUGAUGAUCCUCAUGUUGUUCUCCAGAAGUCUGUGCUACCCAGUGAAAGCAUUCCAUUAUAUGAGCUGGAAAAUGAAGAGAUGGUUUACAUCAGAAAAACUAGUGGUUAAAUAUCUUACUGACGAAGAAUACAGGGAACAAGCUGAUGAAGAAACGGCCAAGGCUUUGGAGGAACUGCGCCAAACCUGCAACAGACCCGACUUCCCAUCCUGGCUGGCUGUCUCCAAACUCCAGGCUCCUAAAAAAUUUGCAGACUUUGUUCUUGGAGCAAGCCACUUGUCGCCCGAAGAAAUUCAUCUGCAUGAAGAACAAUAUGGCCUUGGCGGUGUCUUCUUGGAAGAGCAGCUCUUUAACCUGACAGUGCCACCGGCUAGUUAA